AUGAAAUUGGAUAUUGCAAAGACGUUCAGCCACCACUCGGAUCGUGUCAAGGGCAUUGAUUUCCACCCAACAGAGCCGUGGAUUUUGACUACAUUGUACAAUGGAAAAGUCGAAAUCUGGUCAUAUGCCACCAAUGUCUUAGUCAAGGCGAUCCAAGUUGCUGACAUACCCGUGCGUACAGGUAAGUUUAUAGCUCGAAAGAAUUGGAUCGUUGUUGGUGCCGAUGAUUUCCAAAUUCGUGUUUACAAUUACAACACUGGUGAAAAAAUUACUCAGUUUGAAGCCCAUCCCGAUUACAUCAGAUCCAUUGCCGUCCAUCCUACAAAACCUUAUAUUUUGAGUUCAAGUGAUGAUUUGACUAUAAAGUUGUGGAAUUGGGACCAUAAUUGGAAAUUAGAACAGGUGUUUGAGGGCCACCAGCACUACGUCAUGAGUGUUAAUUUUAACCCCAAGGACCCAAACACUUUUGCUUCUGCUUGUUUGGAUAGAACUGUAAAGAUUUGGUCGUUGGGCAGCUCCAGUCCAAAUUUCACAUUGAUUGCUCACGACACCAAGGGUGUCAAUUUUGUUGAUUAUUAUCCACAAGCUGACAAGCCAUAUUUGAUCACUGCAAGUGAUGACAAAACUAUCAAAGUAUGGGAUUAUCAAACUAAGUCGUGUGUUGCUACUUUGGAAGGACACUUGUCGAAUGUAUCAUUCGCAAUCUUCCACCCGGAAUUACCGUUGAUUGUAUCCGGAUCUGAAGAUGGUACCGUUAGGUUUUGGAACUCAAACACAUUCAAAUUGGAGAAGUCGAUAAAUUACAGUUUGGAAAGAGCUUGGUGUGUUGGGGUACUACCAAAGUCAAACGUCAUUGCCGUGGGGUUUGAUUCAGGAUUCGUUAUCGUCAAAUUGGGCAGCGAAGAACCAUUGUUUUCAUUGGAUGCCAAUAACAAGCUAAUAUAUGCUAAAAACUCUGAAGUUUUCCAAUCAGUUAUAAAACCAAAUGCAACACAAGGAUUGAAAGAUGGUGAGUCAUUGAAUUUGCAACAAAGGGAGUUGGGGACUAUUGAGAUUUUCCCGCAAUCGUUGGACCACUCGCCCAAUGGUAGGUAUGCUGCCGUUUGUGGUGAUGGAGAAUACAUUGUCUAUAGUGCAUUGGGAUGGAGAUCCAAGGCCUAUGGUAGUGCCCUUGAUUUUGUUUGGAACACUCAUGAUACAUCAGCAGCUAGUCCCUUUGCCAUUAGGGAAUCAACCGUUAGUGUCAAGGUGUUCAAGAACUUCCAAGAGUCGCUCGUUAUUGACUUGUUAUACCAAGCUGACAAAAUUUUUGCUGGCUAUUUAUUAGGUGUCAAGUCUGAAGGAUGCAUUUCGUUUUACGAUUGGGAACAAGGGAAGUUGGUUAGAAGAGUUGACAUUGAUGAUGAUAUAACUGAUGUGGUGUGGUCUGACAAUGGUCAGUUGUUGGCAAUAGUCACCAGUUCAAGCACCGGUGAAAAAUCAACUGCAAUUACGGGUGGCAAAACCAGCGAUGAGACUUAUUUCUUGAGUUAUGAUCAAGAAGUGUUUGAACAAGCAGUUGCCAAUGAUGAAUUAGACACAGAAGAAGGUGCUGAGGCUGCAUUCGAUGUGUUAUACACCUUGCCCACAUCGGAAGCCAUUUUGUCUGGGAAAUUCAUUGGUGACGUCUUUGUCUACACAACAGCAACCACCAAUCGUUUGAACUACUUUGUUGGUGGGGAAGUUAUCAACUUGGGUCAUUUUGAUCGUAAAUUCUACAUACUCGGAUACAAAGCUCAAGACGGAAAGCUCUAUCUCAUUGACAAGUCAUUUGAUAUCGUUUCGUGGUUCAUCAAUGCUGAAGUGUUGGAACUACAAACAUUGGUCAUGAGAGGGGAUUUGGAACAGUUUGCAACUCACAAUGUUUUGGAUGAAGAAACUGGUGAAGAAACUCCCGACUUGGCCACAGUCACGGUUGACAAUCUCUCCGAAGAGUACAAAUCACUCAUUACCAACUUUUCCAAAACAGAACUCAAUCAACUCUCACGAUUUUUUGAGAAAUUGGGAUACUUGUCUUUAUCGUAUGCAUUGUCACAGGAUUUCGAUUCUAAAUUCCAAAUUGCUUUAACUACAGGGAACUUGAAGCAAGCUUAUGAGUUGUUAUCGAAGCAGCAACAAGAAUCUCCCUCACUUGCUUUGGCCAACGUGCAAAAAUGGAAGAAACUUGGGGAUUUGGCUUUGAACAAAUGGAAUUUGAAAUUGGCUCAAGAGGCAUUUUGGUUAGCGAAUGAUUUCUCGUCAUUGUUGUUACUUUUAUCGUCAACAAACAAUAGAGCGCAAUUGAUCAAGUUGGCUGAAAAAUGCGAGGAGAAGGGAAGGUACAAUAUUGCAUGGCAAGCGUGGUGGCUUGUGGGUGAUGUGAAUAAAUGCUUGGACUUGCUAGUCAAGAGCGGCAGGUAUCCGGAAGCUAUUUUGUUUGGAAGAAAUUAUGGUGUUGAUCAAGAAAGAUUGUCAAAUUAUAUCAAGGACUUUAAGGAGGUUUUGAAGCUGAAAAAUAAAAGCAAGAUUGGUGAGCGUUUGAUUGAUGAUUUUGGAAACCUAAGUAUCAACAAUGGUGUCGUUCCAGAGGGUGGUGUUGUUGGCGCUGCUCCAUUGAUCAAUUUGGAGGUUGAAUCGCAAGAGAAACAAGAAAAGGAGGAAGACGAUGUAGGCGAAAAGGAGACUGAAAAAAAAGAAGUAGAAGAAGUGGAAUUGGAAACAGAGAAAGAUGAUGCUAAUGGAGAAGUUGAAGUAUCCAAGAAAUGA